AUUUGACGAAGUAGAACAAGAAGCACCAUCCAGUGUCUUACAGAUAAACCUUGAUAGAACAAAUUAUUCCGAAUAACAGAAAGUGUCUACUUGAUGGUUGACUUAUAUAGGUGUAGAAGAUGAUGUUAUAAAUUUUUUGUUGUCAUUAACCUCAGGUUCGAAAAAUAAGAUAAGGAAAAGUUGUUUUGAACAAGAAAGGCGUACAAACAUGAUUACAUUUAAUACUAGUGAACAGGGGUCGUGCGUAGGGUAGCUCAAAUUUGUAUCGGGCUCCGUAGGAGUAGGAUUUGCAGAAAGUCUAGGACCUGAAGAUGAUUCCCAAAUUUAUCUCUUGGGUAGACUCAUUCUCGCACGACAAUUUCGGCACAACAACUUCUCUCAACAUCUCCCGGUAGGUAGUUCUUCCCAUUUUUAUGCCGACAUCCUACCUAGGACCGGAUGAGACCUGGGAUUCAGUCUCCUUCUGAGAGUGAAGCCUGCUUCUGCUUCUAGUAAAGACUUCUUUUUACACUCAUAAAUUCGAUGAGUUGUAUGGGUAGUAUUCUUAUGGAGUGGCCUUUUUCGGUCGACUUGUUGACGAAGACUUCUAAAUCGCUCGACUUAUUGAAGAAGACUUCUAGGUCCCUCGACUUGUUCUUGUCGCUCGACUUGUUCUUGUCCCUCGACUUGGGCUUGUCGCUCGACUUGUUCUUGUCCCUCGACGUGUGCUUGUCGCUCGACUUGUUCUUGUCGCUCGACUUGUUCUUGUCGCUCGACUUGUUGAGGUUGCUCGACUUGUUCUUGUCGCUCGACUUGUUGAGGUUGCUCGACUUGUUCUUGUCGCUUGACUUGUUGAGGUUGCUCGACUUGUUCUUGUCGCUCGACUUGUUGAGUGCUAUGGCUUACCUACUAUUAGCACUGCUUCUUUUAAGGCUAGUAUAUCACUGUCUGGCGUGCGCUGUCCUGCGUGAGGUCCCCUCACAAGUCACGGGGAACCUAAGAAGAAAAGAAGCAACUCAGUCUAACACCGAUAGUGACUGCCUAGCGUUAAAAUUAUUGCUGGGUCGAUUCCUCAUCUAGGGAGAAUGAGACGAGAAGAUUCAUUUUGUCAAUAUUAAAGACUAAGACAAAUCAGGGAGUACUUACCAGUUACUACGACAUGUGCAUUACUACGACAUGUAACUAAUUUCUACCUGUCAGACCUCUUACCACAUGAUGCUGUCUAAUGUAAUUCUCCCCCAUCCCGUGCAAAGUGCGCGUGUCUGUGGCGGGGAACCCAGAGUCCUGCUCUGCAUUUCUAUAGAGGUAAUAGAGUCCUCUGUCAUGCAUUUCUAUAGAGGUAAUAGAGCAUAAUUUCUAUAGAGAUUGAUGGUAGAGUCCUCUGUCAGAUCUGAAGGUUUCUCAGAGACCACUUUUCUCUGAACAUCAAGUUCAUCAAGCCUUCUCUAGACGGCUUGUACGCUUGGUUCUUUGACUCUCAAAGACUGAGACCAGAAGACUUUUUUUUUAGGAAUCAAAACCUCCGUGGUUUCAGGCCGUUGGUUUCCUACGAGCUGUGGAUGAAUUUGAAGGGGUGAUUUGAGUCUUCUGGGGCUAUUCCUCAGAUAAUCGCGGGAACUGGAUGUCCUCUCUCGAACCUCUCGAAUUUUGUCAAUAGUCGUCCUGGUGCUACCUCAUUAUCAUGUGAAAAAAUAUGCAUGUGGCAUAUAAUCGAGAUUACAACUACCCGUUGUCAUUCGUGUCCUUGUUUUAUUGCCUUUGUCCACUGCCAAAUGUAUUUAUGGCAUUACUAUCAUUACUACACGACCGGCCACCAGAAAACAACUUUGUUCAUCCUUCGGACGUGGUUUCUCGAAUUACUUCAUUUAUCCAAUAACAUUACAUGUACGAUCCAUCUAGUACGAGAUUAUUUAUGCCAUGGGACAAUAGUGACGAGCCAGAGUCUCUAAGCACACAGUUGUAUAUUCUGCGCCAACUAGUACUAAAUCUAAGAGGGUGAAGAAGGCACCUCCAGCUAGUACUGGAUCUAAGGGGACGCACGAGGACGAGAAGGAGCGCUCUCCUAUCCAUGGGCACGGGUCGUAUAGUACUGGCUCUUGUAACAACGACGUUUGUACAUAGGAGUUUGGGACUUUGUUGGUUGUUUGACGUUAUCCAGAACCGCCGCUCGUCAGACGGCCGCAUAUAGUUGAUUGAUUGACUGAGGAUCCGUGUAACUGCCGACGUUAGGUGACUAGCCUCUGGCCUAUUGCUAUGGGCGGUCUUUUGUGGGCUAGGUCAGCGGGAGCACAGGCGUGCUUGCACAGUCCAGAGCUGGCCCCGGGUCUGUUCAGUGCUGCCGCUAUCCAGCACCGCCGCUCGUUAGACGGCUGCAUGCGGUUGAUUGAUUGACUGACUUCCCCUAAUCGCUACAACUCCCUUUUACAUGUGACAUUAUUCAUUGAAGACGACGACAGGGAGGGCGGGCAGCAGCUGGGUCUCGUAAUUGAGACGAAAGGGGCUUUGCCUUUGGCGUCUAAUCGGGUGGGUCUUGUUAUAGGAGGGACCAAUGAAUACGUGGCGCUAGGACGUAGCGUAGCGAUAAGUUGUACAUAGCUCAUGAUAUUCUUGUGUCACAAAUGGCAUAUAAGGGCGGGCACUUUUGGUUAUACUUGAUAGCUCAUCAUUCGGUCACUUUGCUCUUCUGAAUGAAGGUACAGGAUGAUUGGACGGCCUCUAUAUCUUCGUUAGACAAAGACGCAACAUGAGGUAUCAUGACAUGACAUGACGGGCACUUUUGGACAUGGCAUUAUUGUAGCUGCAGUUUCUCUUUGUCGCAGUUAAGGGAGCUACUCAUACAUGGAUGUCGAAAGGCAUGGCUCAGGUCAGAAGACUGGGCCCUUUUUCUUAUCGAAGGUAGGCACUCAUGGGUUAAUUGACCUCGCACAACCUUCUUAGUCAAGCUAUUUCUCAGUCAAGGUAGGUACUCAUGGGUUGACUUGACCUCAGCCUCACACAUGGAUGUCCCGUGAUAUGAAAAAUUCCUGCCACUUGACCUAGGGACAGAAAGGUUUUAUGCCGCUUGACCUAGGGACAGAAAGGUUUUAUGCCGCUUGAUAUAGGGCCACUGGACCUGUAGGAUAACUGACAUUGAUGUUGUGGCACUUGAAAACGAAACGAAGAGAACUGCACCACUCCUGUACACUCCUGUAUCCACUAGUUUGUAAUCGUCUCUCGUGUCUACUGAACAAGUAUUUCUUUUUUUCAUUGUAAUUUCCUACGGCAUUAAAUUCUUGUACUGUUCUUUUUCGAAUUAUUUCCAUCUGUAAUUGUUUUCCCAUUCUCAACAUUAUGGUAGUUACAAGUGUUAAGGCUAAGAAUUUUGUAUUCUCAUCAAUGUAUUUUCAUAAGUAAAAAGGAUGAAUUUUUGAACAAUAAGAAAGUGUAAGAUUAAGAAGAAGUUAGAAUUUUUCUUAGCAACAUAAACAGUGUCACGAUAGAUGAAGAUCCUUCAUUUCCUUUGGAUGCGGCUUUUUCCAUCUUGCAGACCAUCUUUUUAGAUUAGGCUCCUCCGUCAAGGAUACAGAACCGCGAUUUGGUGACUGCUUUUUAGCUUAGACGACCGAGACACUAUGGACCCACUACUACUACCUCUACCACUGCCAAUACCACUGCUCCUACCCCUGUGUGCUCGUUCCCAAUUAAUGAGUGCCUAAGUUUGUAGCUGGUCUCCUAGUGAGUCACCGCCUAGUCCAUUCGUCGCUAUUAUCUGGGGGAAGUCUAAAUCAUGAGGCGAAUGAAGGUGGUCUGCAGCAGAUGGAAAAAGCACCUUUGUAUUCUUGAAGAUGAAAACAGUUAUUAUUAUUAUUACACAAAAAACAGUUUCACCAGAAUGAUCAAGAAUGUUUGUCCAUUUGUGAGUUACCCAGAUUCAGUUCCGUGUCUUAUUCAUUCCCCCUAUUGAAAAAUGUCAUAUCAAAAAAUGAAAGGUGGCGAGGCCUACCCAGAAGACUCAAUGAUGUACCCAAUAAAAAGAUACCCAAUUUUUAUGUUGAAAAACCAAAAAAGACCUCCUCCAAUAACCCCUAGUACUACGAAAAAUUAUGCUUUUGCACUAUUAAAAAUAUACCAUGACUAUCUUUC